UCUAGUUCAUAGCUCGAUCAAAUUACAGCGUGUACACACUGUCAUAAGAUAGUUCAGAUUAGCACUUACGCACUUCUGCUUGACCAAAACACACAGUUUGGAUAUUGCUGUGGUACCAAAGUGUGAACUGUUCUGGCCUAUAUGUGAAUCCAUAAUUACUGCCGGGAUGGCACAUUCAUUUCCAAGAGGAACUAUUCCACCUGAAAUACAACCGGAACUAUGUAGCAGAAAUAAGAAUGAGGUUGAUCAUGUAAACGCUGACGCCGAUGAUAAGAUUAGUGAAACGGCAUAUCAGCUGCUAAGAGGGAGCGAUGAAUGUCAGGGAUUGGAUCAAAGUGACGGGGAUUUUGAGAGUUCACCAGCAAGAAAUGAAACAAUCUGCGAGAUUAAGCAUUCACUUCGUUUACAUGGAACGAAAAUCGAUGAACAGAGGAAUUCACAACACACAGAUACCAGUGCAGCUCAAUCGUCAGGGUAUUGGAAUGAAGAUACAGAUGAAGAAAACAAUAACAGCAAUACAUCGUUAAAAUUGUUAAAAGAAGAAAAUGCAACCCUUAAGAAAACAAUAGAUUUGACCAGAAGUGAAAGGGACAAACUUAAGCGUGACUUAUCCGAAGCUCUUUCACGACAAAUACUUGAAAAACCACCACAGGAAAUUCUUGAAAUGUGCAAGAAGAAUGAGCAAUAUAUUGAACGACAAUUUGGUAAAGUUCAAGAUGAACUAUGCGAAAAAUAUGAAGAGGUCCGGAAGCUUAAAAAAGAAUUAUCAAAUAUGACGAGUCUCGAAGGGAAGGACCAAAUAAAACGAGAAUUACAAAAGAAAAGAGUUAAAAUUGAACUCCUUGAACAACAAAAACAAGUCAUGGAACAGCGAAUUCACACGCUGAAAGAGGCAGUGACAAUACUGGAGAAAGAUUCAUCUGUACUGAAGAAAUCUAGUGAACGAAGUCUAAAACUGAAAGUGCUCAUCAAUACCGAAGCAAUGUUAAAAUUGGAAUCAUUCAAACACAAAUUGAAUUCUGUGAACGUGUCCGACAUACUACUGGCACUACUGCGACGCAGACAGAUGCAACAGGAACUGAUGGGCGAAAUACCAGUCUGCUGAGAACGUGUUUAAGAUUGUUUGUGCUCAACUGUGGGCAUAAAAGAUGAAAAGGACUCAUGUUUCAAAAUAUCUGGUUUCAUCCACUUCAUCCUAACAUCGUAUCUUGUGAAAUUAUAGCCACUGAAUAAUGAUUCAAUACAUUAACUCUGUGAAGUAGCUUAAUUUGUAAACAAGUCUCAUCAGUCAGUCAUUUAAGUAAUUAAAGUUUAAGUAAAUGUUUUUACUUGAUGAUAUGCAUUAUGUUUCUAAGAAUAUAUUGUUAUCGGUGAAAUUGCAAAAUAAUUACACAUCACUGAAGAGACUUAAAACUUAAGAUGUAAUUACUUUUGACAAAAAAAAGUUUUUCGCCCUCGCAUGAAGCUCGUAAAUGUUAUGUGACAACUGUGUAUUGUAUAGUUGCAGUUAAUCUUGCAUGUAAUUGCUAGUAUAUACCGCAAUGAAUUAUGGUGGAAAAUGUUUAAGUAUGGUAUAAAAGGCAAAUUACUCAGAAUGUGAAACAUGUGUAUGCAAAUGUUAAGUCACGUGUUAAAUCGUUUUCAUCUUACUUAGAUUAUCUAAUUUAUGUGAUUGGACUGAGGAACGCGGCAAUAAUGUCGCCGAUUGUGUUGUCUCUAUUUGUUGAAGACCUUAAACUUUACCUACAAGAUAACAUUAACUCUGGUUUCAAUAUAGAUUAUUUUCUGUUAAUGUUAUUAUUAUUUUCUGAUGACAUGGCUAUUUUAGGCAAUUCACCAGCUGAAGUUCAAUCACAUCUAGAUAACUUAUUCAUAUCGUAAAUCUUGGGGGCUGAAUGUCGACACUGCAAAAAGAAAAAAAAGGUAUUUCGGAAGAGGGGAUGACUAAAAGACAAUGAAAAAUUGAAAUACAAUGGAACUGAUAUUUAAGUGGUUGAUAACUUUAUAUAUUUAGGCACAGUUUCGAGUAACAGUGGAAGUUUGACAUUAAACCAGGACAAUUUGGUUGGUAAAGCCCUUAAGCCUAUGAAUACAUUAUUGUUUAAAUGCAAUAACAUUGACAUAAAACUAAAAAUACUUUGCCAGUUGAUUGACUUCUUUGUGAGUUGUACAUUGAAAUAUGCUUCAGAAGUAUGCGGUUUCACAAAGUCUUAUAAUAGUGAACUUAUACAUUAUAAAUUUUGCAAACGAUUGUUACAGGUAAAAAAUAAUACAUGUUAUGUUGCUUUUUAUGGUGAGUAAGGUAGAUAUCCAUUGUAUGUAAGCAGGUUUGUUAAAAUUCUAAAAUAUUUGUUUAAAAUUCUAAAAAAAUGAUAAUUUUAUAAUUCAUAUUGUCUCCAAACAAGCUUUAAUUUACUCUUAUAAAGGUGAUAAAAGUUGAGUCUCAGAUGUUAAGAACCUGUUAAAUACAUAUCGAUUUGGUUAUGUGUUUGAAAAUCAAAACGCUGUGCAUGUUAAUUGUUUUAUUAGCGAGCUCAAAUGUAGACUUGUUGAUAAUUAUAAACAAGAGUGGUUAAAAAAAAUGAAUCACAGUUCUGUAUUGGAUAUGCCUUAAUCACACACUUAUAUAAGAAAGCAAAAAUUAGGCGUAUAUCUUUUAUAAACUCAUCUAUAUAUAAAUUCCACAUGUUAUUAGCAUCAUGUGACAAAUACGUAAUUUCAAAAGUAUGUAAAUAUAUGAAAGAAGCUUUUGUUAUAAGAAAUACGAUUCUAAAUAACGCUGUUUACAAAUGCCAUUACCGCUUCGAUAGAAUUUAGUUAUUCAUGCAAUAGAUUCUGUCUAUUCGUUUUUGUAUUCUUAAAUAACCAUUUUAUGUUAUGUAAUCUUAUGUUGUUAUACUUAAUUGAGCAACAGAAAACAACUUGUAUAUUUGAGUAUAAAAUAAUU